AUGACAAACCCAAACCCACGCCUCCCAAUUCAAACACAACACUGCCGCUUCUGCUCCCACCUCCUCCUCUCAACAACACGCUCGAUAUCAAGCCUUCCCCGCCGAGAAGGCGACGCCCUCGACAAAGCAAUUAUCAUUCCCCUCUCGACCGCCGACGGGGACGCAGAUGCCAAUACAGAUGGAAAGACAGAGUCACAAACGAAGCAUAUAACCCUUCUUCUCUCGACGACAAUACCCGACCGACGCGCAACACUCAUUCGGCGCGAAGACGGGAUUGAGAAGAGGAUUCUGUUGCGCUGUGGGCGGUGUCGGGUUGUUGUGGGGUAUUAUUUGGAUAAGGUUCAUUGGGAGGGAAAGGGCUUUCAAAAGGCACAGGUGGAUGGAGAAGAGGAGAAGCCGCCGGCGGUUUAUAUCCUUCCUGGAGCUUUGGUUGGGACGGAAGAUAUGGGUGGGCCUGGAGUUGGGGAAUCAGAGUGGAGGGUGGAAUGGGGAGUAAGUCUAUAG